UGUACAAAUUAUAUGCAUAAAUAUGCAUCUAUUUAAAGAACCUUAUUUAUUACUCCGCACAGACCGCUUAUAAUCUUCAGCGUAGAAACUUGAAUUUUCAGUUUGGCAUUGAACCUGGAUAAAGGACAACCGUGAAAGUAGAUAAUGUACAGAUCAGUGGGUUUAGCAUUGUUGGUCCUGGCCGGCGUUAUAGAUUCCGCCUCAUCAUGCCUGUGCAUGGAGAGGCCUGAAAUUUACUUCUGCAAGAGUGAUUUUGCUGUAGCGUUAAAGGUCAAGGACAGUGGUACAGUUGAAGGUCUAUACAAAGUUUAUCGGGUGGAUUUACUCAGAAUGUAUAGAGCUGUGCCAUUUGAGAACUUAGAUACAGAUAGGGUACUUACAGCAGGUGAUACCGUCCCGUGGUGUGGAGUUGACUUUAUCAAAGAUGCAUUCUAUGUUAUCUCAGGAUAUUUCAAUGUAACAGCAGGUCAGCCAACUCGAAUGCAAGCCAAUAGUUGUGAGAUACAGCUAAUUUCUCCUAACGAUCCAAGGCUUACAUACAUCCCUCCUGAAUGUGAAACACAGAAUGGAUACUCUGGCGGGUAAUUUUAGCCAUAAAUGGGCAGCGUUAAGGAUGAAAUUGAACCGGUACAACACAUAAUUAACAUUUGAUGAUAAUGAAUCUUUAGCAGAAGAUAAAGCAAAUUUUAUAACUUUUACUGAAGAGGAUGAUGUAUUAAAUGUUAAAAAUAUCAAGAUUAAAACAAUGUAGAUAAUGA